CUUUUGCUUUAUAAUUUUGCGGCCACUUGGCGAAACUGAAUAAAAUUAUAAUUUCUCAGAGAUUUUUAUGAAACCUUUAUUGGUUUAUUUACUUAAGAAUUAAUAACUUUGGAAGAUUUAUGUUCUUUCAGUCUCAUAAACUCCUCGCAGCUGGACUGUGUGAUCGUUCCAUGCUUAUUUAGGCUUAAGCUGUUUUCCUAAAGGGGAUCGGACACAGUCACAUCAUCCUCAUUCUGGUGCCACUCCCAAACGAUUAAGCUGUUGGAAUAUGGAGCAAUCCAACUGAACACUGGAAUGGGAAUCCUCUCUGUGUGUGGCCUUGCGUGUACUCACUAUUAUGGGAUGCGGACUACGGAAACUGGAGGACCCGGAGGACAGCAGCCCGGGGAAAAUUUACUCUACUUUAAAGAGACCACAGGUCGAGACCAAAACAGACUCCGUAUACGAGUAUGUGCUACUGGACUUCAGUUUGGAAGGCAGUCGGUCUACAGUGCUGUAUCUGUCCUCACUGUGUGAGCUGCCUCAUGCUCUGAAGUCCUACUAUACCCAGGGCUACGUACUGGCUGCUCUGCAUCCCAUCAUCCUUUCUGUUGGCCGGACCCGCUCUCUGCCCUGCAGCUUACUCUACCGAGCUGUCCUGGUCCGCCCACAAUCCAGUAAGCAUGCAAUGCCCAUGAUUGACAGUGUGCCAGUGUUGCGAGUGGAGGAGUGGCCACUGCCGGGAGAAUCUCUGACCAGUGACAUAGUGAGACUGCUGAUAGACCGGGUUAACAGCUAUGCCAGGGGUGGUGUGAGGUUUGUGGGGUCAGUGCUCCAGCAGGCUGGAGGAGGGGGCUUUAUCGGCAGAGUCCCCAUUCCCAGGAGAGGCUGCCAUUCCCCGCCCUGCACCCCACCUCGCACGCCGCCUGGAGACAGAGAGCUAGAGGGCUGUGGGUACAACCCAGACCUGAGACUGUUGGUGCUGUUUCACUCCUGGGCUCCGGGAUACGCACCACUGGAUUCUCUCGCCUGCUGUUACCACCAGGGGGCGCUAUCAAUGAGGAUCUCCAGGAAGGGCCAGGUUGUCAGUUCCUUGGAAGCCGAUUGGCUGGAAUUGACUGCAGCGUACUAUCGCAAGGGCUGGUCAUUGGUCGACUCCUUUGUAUACUGGGACACACCUAAAGGAGAACCAGUGCCCAGGUCUCUAGAGGGACUCUUUGUAUACGAAGAGAAAAGCACAGCGCCACCUGCCAAUGACACUAUUGUAGUGGAACAGUGGACAGUUAUAGAGGGUUCAGAUGUCAAGACCGACUAUGGGCCUCUACUCCACACAUUAGCAGAGUUUGGCUGGCUGCUUACCUGUGUGCUGCCCACUCCCAUUAUUCGCCAUGACAGUGAAGGGAAUCUCGCCACUAAGCAGGUGGUGUUUCUGCAAAGACCUGUCAAAGGCCAAUCGGUACAACACAAACAGGGAUCUAGGCUACAAGAGGUGUCCAGUCACUCUGUGAGUCAAUGUGUGAAGGAACCACACACAAAGGUGUCAUCUCCAUGUUCAGGGGGGAUUGGUGGUUUCCCUGUGUUUGGAGGGGGGUAUUCCAGUGUGCUCUCUCAUCUAGAGGAGGGGGGAUUUGAGCCGGACGAUGGGACCGCAGAGGUCACCUGUAUGUGACUCAUCAACUCAGAGACAUCUAGAUUUGUCACCCUAAAACGGAAAGCCUUUGAUUGGUUAAGAGCUGCAGAAGUGCCCUAGCAUUUACCACACACCCUGGGGAACUUUUUUUUUUUUAUCCCCUCAUUGGAUUCAGACUCAUAGAACUUCUUGUAAAUGUUUUUUUUUUUUUUAAAUGCAAAGCCAUAAUGUAUCGUAAAAGUCUGUUUUAUUUUAAUCUUUUAUUUUUUAUUUUUUAUUGAAAGCCUGAUGUGUGCAAUCCACCUGUUUUGAAGUAUAGUAUCACAAAACGGCACUGAAAUUCACUUAUUUGCCACAAAUACCACAUCAGUAUUUCACAGGACUCGCACAAACACCCCCACAGAUGUCACCAUCACCAAGCAUGAAAAGCACUUUUCAUUUAGUUUUUUUAUUUUAUUGUUCCACUUUUUAAUUUUUUUCCUCAAACCAGCCAUCACGUCACUUGUUCAUUCAAACACCUGUGAUGGUUCGGGGUGGGAAAAUUCAGGAAAUAAGUGUCUAAACAGGAUGUGGAUGUUUAUUUGGUUUGCUGAUUUGGGACAUGCUUACAUUUGUGCUGAAUUUCUCCAGGUCUUUAGAGUCAUAACAACAGGAAUGCUUCAUUCAGUUUGAGAUGCCAACAUUUAAGUAAAUAUACUCUUGAGGUCAGGCACUGUGGAAAUAUAAUAAUAUCAUCAGCUUAGUUGUCAUGCACUGCUGCUGGAGUGGACCCAACGAAAGAGUUUGUACUAAACACACAACUAAAACAAUGUUAAUGUUGUAGUUUUGUGUGUUUGAUCAGUGCCAUCAGCUCAAGUGGUGCUAGGGUUGAAUUUGUAUGUUUAUCUCCUGAGGACUUUUGAAAUUGUCACUUCAAACAUUUUUCUUUUGUAUUAUCUAAAAGGGAAAGGCAGAUUAAUAUGUUAAGUCAAUAUUGCAUUUCAGUAGUAAAUAACUGCUGGGGUAAUCUCUGUUUAGUUUUCAGUAUAACCUUAUUGUAGUUCUUGGUCAAAUAUGUUUCACAUGGUUUGAUUUUAAAAAUUUAAAGGCAGGAAUUAAGGUGUUGCGACACAUUCAUUUUAGUAGAAUUUUAUCUGACUGAACCAUUAAGACUUAAGUUGUCUUGACAAUGUUUAUCCCUCUUUGAAGAAUGGCAGAAUAGUAUAUGAACAUUUUUGUUUUGCAGAACAAACUGGCA